GAAAAUUCGAGAAUCCACCUGAACAGCUGUUGGUUUUGUUUAUCUGCAAACACCUUUUGUCUUUGGGGGUCUUUUGUUUUGAUUGCGCGCUGUUGGGGGAAAAAAACGCGCGACGUGGAAGCGACGGAGACGGAGAGAGAGAGCCCAAUACCCAACAGCUUCCCCUCCCCCCAGCCUGAGUGACUUUGCGCGCCCAUUUCACCCACAAACUCGACAGCAUCUGGCAGCCACCGCCGCCGCCUCAGACUUCUCAGUUUGUAGUUUCGUGUGCUGAUCUGGCAAACUGACAACGUCGCUAGAACAAACUCCUUGAACUCACCAGCCGCAUUGCUUCCAUGCCCGAUAAAAUGAACGGACGAUCCAUACGCAUCAACCGGCUGCCGGCCACCAUUGUGGCGAUUCUGGUGACCAUUAUGCUCGUCUAUUUCCUCAAUUUCCAUCAGGAGGAGCGUCCGGCCAUUUAUGGCAUGCUGCGCAGCGAUAAUCCCAACAAGGUGAACCUCCGCAAGAUGCUAAUUGCCGCCAUCCAGGCCGCCCAGCGUGGCGGACUCGAGGUGCUCGACGUGGCCCAUUCCCGCCAGCUGAAGGAGCGCAGCAAGGGCAAGACGGACGAGGGUGUCAAUGAUCCAUUCACGGACGCCGACGGUCGUUCCCACUGCGUCAUGAAACAGGGCCUGCAGAGGAUCUUCCCUCGCGUCAGGAUCUUCUCCGAGGAGGACAACGAACACUGCCGCCAGUCGCAUAGCUUUGAUCUCGAUCCCACGGUCCUGCACGAGACGGCCCAGGUGCCCGACGUGAUGGUGAAUGCUCCGGAUGUCACGGUCUGGGUGGAUCCGCUGGACGCCACCAAGGAGUACACCGAGGAGCUGUACGAGUACGUCACCACCAUGGUGUGUGUGGCAGUGGCCGGAAGGCCCAUCAUCGGUGUGAUUCACAGUCCGUUCAACGGCCAGACAGCCUGGGCCUGGGUGGGCAACUCGAUGUCCGAGUAUCUGGCCAAUCUGCAUCCCCAGCACUCACAAAAGUCCGGCGAUUUGGCGCCGAUCAUCACCGUUUCCCGCUCCCAUACGGCCGGGGCCAAGGAUCUGGCCCGUGGCAUCUUCGGCGAGGAUGUGAGCCUGCUGACAGCCGCCGGCGCUGGCUAUAAGGUGCUCCAGGUGGUGGCCAACAAUGCUACCGCCUAUCUGCACACCUCCAAGAUCAAGAAAUGGGACAUCUGUGCCGGAGACGCCAUCCUGCAUGCCCUCGGUGGCACUAUGACGACCCUGAACGAUCAACUCAUCCACUACGGUCCCGAUGAGUCGCCGGUGAACACGGAGGGUCUGCUGGCGACGCUGGAGCGGCACGAGGAGUACAUGGACAAGUUGGCCAAGUACCGGGCGGCUCACAACGGCAAGAUAGCGUGAAGAAGUUAAGAUUCUUCACAAAAAGAGAAGAAAAUCCAGUGGCGGAAGAGGCGGAAAGUAAAUAGCUCCUAAGUUCUAAAGUGAAACCUGUUUUUCGAAAUCUCAAUAAUUUGUAUGUGUGUCUGUGAGAAAGGUUCUACAUUUCAUAUAUUAUUUUUAUUCUUUUUUUUGGCGCUUUUUGCAUAAUCAGGUUGUUGGUUGUGCGGCGGACGGGGUCAUGAACCCGGACUCCACUUGUCUACAAAAAUAAACUAAUUGUAAAUUA